AAUACGUUGCAACAGAAGCUAGCGACGUGGCCGCGGCCAUGAUGAUCUGAGGAUUUCGUCAAUAAUUUUGCAACGUGACAUUAUUCAACAAAAUGGUUCUUCUAGCAUCGGCUGUUUGCAACAAAUCUGGUAAAGCCGUUGUUUCACGGCAAUUUGUCGAGAUGACUCGAUCAAGAAUAGAAGGGCUUCUAGCAGCGUUUCCAAAAUUAAUGAACACUGGUUCUCAACAUACAUUUGUGGAAACAGAAAGUGUUCGAUAUGUUUAUCAACCUUUAGAAAAGUUAUAUGUGCUGUUGAUAACCACAAAAGCUUCUAAUAUUCUUGAGGAUCUAGAAACCCUCCGUCUUUUUGCAAGAGUUGUUCCAGAAUAUUGCAGGGCCUUGGACGAAAAAGAAGUAAUACGACAAGCUUUUCAAUUAAUUUUUGCUUUUGACGAGAUCGUCGCUCUAGGAUAUAGAGAGUCAGUGAAUUUAGCCCAAAUCCGCACUUAUACUGAGAUGGAUUCUCAUGAAGAGAGAGUCUUCAAGGCUGUCAGAGAAACUCAAGAAAAAGAAGCAAAAGAAAAUAUGAAAAGAAAAGCAAAAGAGUUACAGCAACUCAGAAAGGAUCAAUCUAAUAGAUCAAGACAGACUGGCAGCUAUGCUCGAUUUUCACCUCACUCAUCUGACUCUGCAGUGAUAGAGCCGGAACCCAUUAAACCAAGUUAUAAUAAACCAACUCCUUCCAGUGAAUCUUCAAGUAAGGGAAUGGUAAUUAGGAAACCUAAGAACGAUGAUAUUUUUGUCAAUAAAAUAAAAUCAGAAGGGCAAGAAGUCGUUGCUCCUGCUACUAAAUCCGCUCAUAAGGCACCAGUUUCAUCUAUCAAUGAGGAAGGAAUUCAUUUGAGGAGCGAAGAAAAGAUGAACGUUACUAUAAAUAGACAUGGUGGUAUACAAAAUCUAGAAAUACAAGGAUUACUACAAUUAAAAGUUAAUGAUGAAAAAUCGGCGAAGUGCAAAAUCAGAAUGAGCACCAAACGAUCAACUGACGUUCAAUUACAAACUCAUCCAAAUGUUGACAAGAAACUAUUUCAGAACGAAAGCUUGAUUGCUUUGAAAAAUCCCGAUAAACCCUUUCCAUUGCAGCAAGAUAUAGGUGUUUUAAAGUGGAGAUUACCAUCAAGUGAUAAAUCAUAUCUUCCCUUAUCUAUUGUGGUGUGGCCAGAAGACAACGGCAAUGGUGGAUGUGAUGUCUCAGUUCAGUAUGAGUUAGAAAGAACUGAUCUUGAAUUACGAGAAAUUACCAUUAGCUUACCAUGCCCCUCAAAUCCUACUGUUGAAGAAUGUGGCGAAGGGCUGGCAACAUAUAACCGUAGUGGGCGGCUUGAAUGGAACAUUCCCGUUAUUAACCGCUCUAAUCCGAACGCUGAUUUACAAUAUACUUUACCAUCUUCGGCUUCUCCAGAUAGUAUGUUUCCUGUUGAUGUUUCAUUCUCAUCUGAACAAAAUUUCUGUCAAAUAACGGUAGAGGAAGUCGAAUCAGUCGAAAAUAGGGAAAAGUUGCAAUUCUCAACACAAACCAUAUUUUUUACUGAGAAAUUUAGGUUUAUAAAACAACAAGGCAUAGGAUCAGAUUUUAUUUCCGAUGCUUGUAGCUCUCUUCCAGAGAAGGGUACUUGCUCUGAUUGCAUUCAAAUUAAUCAAAAUUGUGCUUGGUGUAAGGAGUUUUAUAACCCCAAUGUAGAAAAUACACAAUGUGAUUCUUUCGAAAAACUACAAAAAACUUGUAAAUCAAUCGAAUAUCCUGGAAGUAAACUUGAAGAAAAUACUCUUGAAUUGAGAGUGAACCAGGAAUUAAAAUUUACUAUUCCGUACAAACAACCGGAAAAUUAUCCAGUUGAUUUGUAUAUGCUGGUAGAUGCCGCCAAUGGAAUGAGAGACUUCAGCAAACAGGUCAAAGACUUAUCACCUAAAAUUGUACAGAGUUUAGAAAAGUUAACGGCAGGCGAUUUUAAAAUUGGGUUUGGUACAUUUAGUGAUAAAUCUUUAGUACCAACAGUGCGCAUGAAUAGGGAUUUCACAGUAUUGACAAGAGAAAAUUUUGAGGAACCACCUCAUAUUUUCCAUAACAUCGUACCGUUGACAAAGAAUGUUGAUCUUUUCCAAGAAUCUAUCGCUAAUGUUACAAUAACGAAUCAACUAGACUUCCCUAAUUGUGGAUUUUCUGCUGCCAUGCAAGCUUUACUAUGUGAAGACGAAAUUAAAUGGAGAAAGGGCGCUAGAAAAAUUUUACUAAUUGCAACCAAUCAUUUUUCACAUCUCGAAGGCGAUGGACACUUAUUGGGAUUAUACAAUAGAUAUGAAGAUCAUUGUCUUAUGAAGAAUACACAAAAAUUGAUCUAUGAUCAUCAAGAUUAUCCCUCAAUAGAGCAAAUUCGAACAAAAACUUUGGAAAAAGAAGUUACAAUAUUAUUUGUUGUUCGUAAUUUUAAAGAUCCUCAACACUAUGAUCAAGAUGCUGGUGUUAGUCUUGCCAUGGAUACAAUUAUUAAGGAAUAUAAUAACUUUGCAAAAAAAAUAGGUGGAAGUACCAAAACAGCAAAAUUAUUGGAUGACUCGAGUAACGUUGUGGAAAUUAUUAAGAAGUAUUACAAGGAAAUUAGCGGAGAAGUGGAGAUCUCUUGGAAAGAUCAACAUAAUUCAGGAAAUUUGGAAGUUAAACUUGAAGCAGAAUGCGAACCCGGGAAAGUUACCAAUAAACAUAUUUGUAGAAAAGUUCAAGCAGGAACAACAGUGAAGUUCCACAUUAGCGUUAAACUAAAAAGUUGUAAUGAAACUAAUGAGAGAAGUAUGAAACUAGCCAUUGGGGUUCAAAAUAAAGAAUUUGAUCUUAAAGAAGUAUGUGAUUGUAAUUGCGAAAACGAAAGCAAACAAGGAGCGAAUAUUUGUAGCGGUAAAGGAACACAAAUAUGCGGUAAGUGUACUUGUAAUGAUGGAUUCACGGGUGAAAAUUGCCAAUGCGACAAAAAGUCACAAGAUCAUGAUGCGACCAAAUGUGACGAUAGUACUUGUAAUUAUAGAGGGAAAUGUCAGUGCGAUGGAACUUGUCGAUGCUUUGAAGGAUAUCAUGGGCCUGAUUGCAGCUGCAAAGAUAAUGAAGGAUGCAAAUUUUACAAUAAUGAAGUUUGUGGUGGAAAGUCGCGCGGUUAUUGUUUUUGCAAAAAUUGUACAUGUCUUGACGAAUACGAAGGAGAUAAUUGUGGCUGUCUUAAGAGUAACAAUACCUGUAAAACUGAAAACAAUCUCAUUUGUAAUGAUAAAGGCGUUUGCGAAUGUGGGAAAUGUAUAUGUGAAAAGGAUUACUUUGGGCCAACUUGUGAGAUAUGUUUAACGUGUGAAAAGCACUGUGAUGAUUCCUUUGACUGUGCUGUUUGUAAAGCCUUUAGUAAUUAUACUAAAUUUACUCCUGAUGAAUGUAAAAGGAAUUGUGAACAUGUAACUGUCGUUGACCAUAAAGUAGGAGGACAGGAGUAUUUUACUCAGUUGUGUGUGCGGUCACUGCCUAACAAGUGUCGCAUAUUUUACUCUUAUCAUUAUUCUACAGGAAAAUUGAAAGUUUGGAACAAAACAAAAUGUAUUGAAAGUAGCAGGAAAACAACAUUCAUUGUCAUAGGUGUGAUAGUUGGUAUUGUUCUUGUAGGAAUAUUUAUUAUUUUAGCUUGGAGAAUUGCUGUAACUAUUAAAGACCGUAGGGAAUUUAGCCAAUUUGAAAAAAAUAUGGACUCAGCUCAAUACGAGACAGCUGAUAAUCCACUGUACAAACCAGCGAUAAAAACGUUUGAAAACCCUAUGUAUAACUCUUAA